AUGGCAUUAUCAUCGAACUGGCUGAAGUUACAAGAGUCUAAGAAGGUAGUUUUGAAGAAGGAUAAGAGGAAUGGAUCUUUUGAUAAGAAGAAUAAAAUUGGGAAACCAUACGUGGCCCGUAAGGACACUAAAAUCAUGCAUAUGGUCUAUAACAUGAAUAAGGAGAUUGCUAAGCAGGAGAUGAAUAAGAAGGAAGGGAAAGUUUUUGAAUUUAAGAGCAAACCUGAAGAUGAUAUCAUUUUGCGAGCAUCCGAAACUAUAACCCAGGAUACAGUCAAACCUAAUAAAAGAAACCAGGAGGUUGGUAAGUUUUUGGCCAUAGAUUGUGAGUUUGUUGGUAUAGGGCCCGAAGGUAAAGAGCACGCACUUGCACGAGUGUCUAUUGUGAAUUAUUUUGGGCAUGUGGUCAUGGAUGAAUUUGUUAAGCCAAGAGAAAAAGUUACUGACUGGAGAACGUGGGUUAGUGGUAUUAAGCCAGAACAUAUGAAGACAGCUAUUUCAUUCAAAGAGGCACAGCAGAGAGCUUCUGAACUUUUAAAUGGAAGAAUCUUAGUCGGGCAUUCUCUCAAGCACGAUUUGGAAGCGUUACUGUUAUCUCAUCCAAAACCUAUGAUAAGAGACACAGCUAGAUACCUGCCGUGGAGACAGACAUAUGCUAAGGGAAAAUCACCAAGUUUAAAAAAAUUAGCCAAAGAGGUUCUGAAGUUGGACAUUCAAUCGGGGGAACAUUCUUCAGUCCAAGAUGCUAGAGCAACAAUGCUUCUCUAUAAGAGUGCAAAGAAGGAAUUUGAAAAAAUUCAUAUUUCAACAUUUGGAUAUGACUCUAAAUAG